CCCCGCCCCACCCCCGCGCGCUGGCAAAGACCGGAAGGGAGUCUGGGGCCUAGGGAGCGCGUGCGCUGUGGAGAAAGCGCCAGGGCCUGGGCUUCAGGGACCGGGGCGCGGCGCACGCAUGGCUUCCAAUGCUUACUUAGUUCGCCAGCCGUUCAGCCGGCUGAGUCAGAGGAUGUCCGCCUUCCAGAUCAACCUCAGCCCGCUCAAGGAGCCGCUCGGCUUCAUCAAGGUCCUGGAGUGGUUUGCUUCCAUCUUUGCUUUUGCCACCUGCGGCGGGUUUAAGGGCAAAACGGAAAUUCAAGUGAGUUGUCCUAAAGGUGACAAUAGGACGGUUACAGCUGCUUUUGGUUAUCCAUUCAGGUUGAAUCAGGCAUCGUUCCAUUCACCCCCAAAUGUCAAUGUGUGUGAUGUGAAAUGGGAGAACCACGUCCUCAUAGGUGACUACUCCUCCUCCGCACAGUUCUAUGUCACGUUCGCUGUCUUUAUGUUCCUGUACUGCAUUGCGGCCCUUGUGCUCUAUGUAGGCUACACGAACCUCUACCGGGACAGUCGCAAACUCCCCAUGAUUGACUUUAUUGUUACUCUUGUGGCCACUUUUUUGUGGUUGGUGAGUUCCUCAGCCUGGGCUAAAGCUCUUACAGAUAUUAAAAUAGCUACUGGACACAAUAUUAUUAAGGAACUUGAUCCUUGUGUGUCAAAAGUGUCGUGUCAGUUUGGUUCCGUGACUAGUAUGGGAUCCCUAAAUGUAUCCGUGAUCUUUGGCUUUCUGAAUAUGAUACUUUGGGGAGGAAAUGCUUGGUUUGUAUACAAGGAGACCAGCUUACAUAGUCCAUCAAAUACGUCAGCUUCCCACAGCCAAGGAGGCAUCCCACCCCCUUCUGGAAUAUAAUUAAAUGGGGGAAAUAUACUGUAUGAAAUGUGUGCUAUACUAUGCCUUGUUGCCAACAUCUUGAGAAGCAUUAUUGUUUCUAAUAAAAAGUAAUGGCUUUUUCAGUAAA